CCCUAGACUGUUUAUCAGCUAUUAAACCAAUUCCCAUUUACUGUGCUAAUGCGAAACAUAAAAUAUUCGUAAUCAUGCGAAGCGUCGUGCCGAAUGGGAAACUGCUCAUUGUCAGAUAUACUUCAACCGCAAAGCAAGACGGACUAUCAAUCCGUGGAGUCGUUACUGAAAACCAUUUUCUAUCUCGCCAGUAGAAGCACCCGCGUCAAUGUCAGACAGCUACCGAGUCUCUGAACACCCGGAAGGUGACAUUGAACUGAAGAAGGUGCGAGACUACUCAUCGGGAGACAAACCCAGCGAGCUGAAGUCAGCCGACGAAGAAGUGGACCUGGAAUGCGCCAUCGAGUUGACGGGUUUCGGAUGGUACCAUAUCGGGCUGAUCGCGAUAUGUGGUGGAAUCCUGGUCGCCACGGUCUGCGAGACGAUGGGGGUGAGCUUCGUCCAUCCGGCAGCUCAGUGUGACUUGGCCUUGACGACCGUGAAGAAGGGCUAUUUAUCCGGAGCUAUGUUCUUGGGAAUUGUCGUUAGCGCCAACGCUUGGGGAUUCUUUGCUGACACCUUUGGGAGGAAAAACGUACUAUUGAUCUCCACCAUCGGUACCUGGGCUUUUAGCUUCAUGUCGAGCUUCUCCCCAACCACCAACCUGUUCAUAGUCCUCAGAUUCCUCACUGGUUUGUUCUGCGGUAACCAAUCGACUGUGUACGCCUACAUUAGCGAGUUUCUGCCCACCUCAAAACGGGCGAGCAUCAUCACCUGGACCUGCGGCUUCAUGGCAAUUGGCUACCUUCUGAUCCCCGGUCUAGCCUGGUUGUUGAUCCCGUUGGAAGUAAACUGGGACCUGGGUUUCGUGGUAUACACAUCGUGGCGCGUCUACUUGGCAGCCAUAGGCUCACUGUCAUUCGCAACGGGCUUCCUGUUACCCUUCUUUUCGGAAAGUCCAAAGUUCCUCAUGUCGGUUGGCCGGAAACGGGAGGCACUCAAUGUUCUCCGACUGGUCUACAGCAGGAAUUCGGGAAACAGCAACGUCGAGUAUCCGGUCAAGAAUCUUAAGUCCGACGUUCAUGACACUCCCGGCCACGUUACGACACCUCUGUCGUUUACGCUUCAAGGACUCUUUAAGCUCAUGUGGCACCAAACCGCAACGCUUUUUCGGCCGCCGUACGGAUGGACCACCCUGCUCUUCUGCCUGAUUCAAUUCGGCAUUUGCGGCACCUCGAUGGGCAUGUACAUCUGGGCACCGAACCUGUUGAACAUGAUCAAGUCAGGGGCUGGAAUCGGGGCGACGAUAUGCGAGUUAGUGUUGGCCAACCAGGCUAAUCUGACCCUGAAUUCCGCGUCGGAGUCCGCGGAUUGCAGCAGCCUGAUCAGGAGUGAGGUCUAUACGAGCACGUUGGUCACUGGGGUCCUCUUCGCGGUGGCGUUCGGGACACUCGGAGGGCUGGUCGUGAUCCUGAGGAAGAAGACAGUGCUAGUUUCUGCCCUGUUCUUGAGCGGGAUUGCCGGUUUCGGGAGCUAUUUCGCCACGAAUGAGAUCACCGUGGCUGUUCUCAUAUCGGUAUCCGUCGUUCUCACGGGAAGCUGUUCCACGGUAUCGAACACCAUCGCCGUCGAGGUUUACCCCACCAAUCUUAGAGCAAUGGCAGUUUCUUUGGCAUUCACUAUCGGACGUUUGGGUAUCGCUCUUGCUGGAAAUACAAUUGGCAUCCUCAUAGAGUCCUACUGUGAUUUCACUCUGAUUGGAUUGGGAUGCGUGACCUUGCUUUGCAGUCUCCUCUGUAUCCUGCUUCCGGAAUAAACGGUACAGCACUAAAGACGAUCGUUUUUUUUUCUACCUUGAAUUUAAAUGCAUUUUCACAAUUUCACGCGGCGUACACCUUUUAUCUCGUAUUUCAAAUCCUGCCUUGUAAUCGGUUUACUCACACUGUUAAAAAACGAUCCGUAAAAUCGUUUUCGAUAUCACGUUAUUCGCACAAACUCAACAUCGACAUCGACUUUCGGAACAUUUAUGUGUGCAUGUGAAUACAGAAAUAGGGUCUUUGUAAGCCGGUGGGUAUAUCGCGUCAUUGCAGGAACCAACAAAAUCUCUACAUUCUACGAAGCUUUCGGGUUGUUCGGGUAUUGUUCUAUUCGAACUGCGGUAAGCCGAUCAGCUCGGCUUAACAACAGAAUGCAAAAUCCCCUUAUAACCGCCAUGGCUGCACAUUACUGCACGGAAAUUUUAUCCAGAAAUGCUAAGAAACGAAUUCCCUCGUCACUCGAGGUCUUUUCGAAGGAAUUGGUCGAUUUCACAGCGAGCGUUACCGUUUUCCAACGGACAUCAAUUAUUAAUCUUACUUUUAUGGAAGAGCCAAUACUAAGACCGUGGAAUAUAUUUAUACCGAAAUAAAAUUCCCGGUGAAAUAUCCUUUCAUCCAGUCCUUCCCCCGAUAUGUAUUUAGAAUAAAUAAAAAACAA